AGUGCAGUCAAUAUGGCGGCGCCCAUUCCAUCAAAACCUCACAUUUAGCAACAAGCAUAAUUUAGGUGAAUGAGAAAGGGCGAUUCGAACGUGUUGUAUAAUCGAUAUAACGUGAGUUUUACAUCUUGUCGUCUAAAAAUCUGAAUAUUUUGCUGUUAAACUGACUGUUUUGCACAGUCAUUUGAGUCUAUGUGUGGCUAAGAGAAAGUGCUGGUCAUUCACUUUAAACCAACCAAGAAGCGAUUAUUGAUCAUUUUCAGUGGCAAUCUUAACUCUUGAUUAAACAAUCAAGUCUGCCCUAUAUUUUAGUGUAUCAGUAUCUUUUCAGGUCUGAUAGUCCCCUAACAAAUCUCUGCCGGGGUGCUGUGAGAUUACUUUGGUAUAGUUAUGGUUUCAGAUGGUUAUACUAUGGUACUGAACGAUUAUUAAAUAUUCAUUAAUUAUUGAUAACAUAAUUGUUAUAAUUAUUAUGAUUGUUAAUGCCAUGAUAUUAAAGGUGAAUUAAACAUUUUUGUCUCCUAAAGACAUGAAUUGAAAUUUUGCAAUAUAUGUAGGAAAUUUGAAGACAUCAGUCAUAUCAGUAACCUUAUAAAAGCUGUUUUAUUCUACAUGGAGAGGGUCCACACAUGGGGGCUGCCCUGCUAGACUCAAAUGAACAGCCAAAUAUUACUUGCUUAAUCUCAGUUACCACCCUGUUAUUUGACACUUUAACUCAUUAAAGUAAUCAUGGCUGACAGUGAAUACUACAUUUAUACAAUGAAAACUUUUGAUUUUAAAUGAUGCUGCAUGGUAGUUGGUAGUUUUAAAUGCUCCUCAUUCCCUCAUAAACCCAUUUCAAUUAAAGGUCAAACAACAAUCAAUCAAAUGUAAAAAAAAUCAUUAAAUGGGUAGUUUUGAGAGGAGAUUUGUGUUGGAUUGAAUUUGUUUUCCCUAACGACUUUUGGAACACCUUUACUCCGCUUAAGGACUCUGGCCUUGAAAAUCCUGUUUUGAAGGUUUUCCCUGUUUCGUAAAAACCACCUGACCCGUUGUUUUAAUCAUAGAAUCUGGUUCUACACCUGCUUUGAUACAAUGUCUGGUCUCUGGCAAGCAGUCUUCUUUUUGUGAGUGUUUUUGUCUUGUAGUGUUGUGAUGUCCAGACUGGUCGUAGUGUUUGGGGGUUCCCGUGGCAUUGGGCAAGCAGUUUCUCAGCAGUUAGCGCAGAGGGGUCAUAGGGUUGUGGUGCUUUCUAGGAAUCAGGAGGCUGCACAGGCUGCUGCUGAUUCUCUACCCGGAGGACAGCAUUUGGGCCUUAGCUGUGAUGUCUCUAAAGAAGAGGUUGUUCGGAGAACAUUUGAGACCAUCAGUAAGAGAUGUGGCAAUGUGGGGUACCUGGUUAACGCAGCUGGCAUCAACAGAGAUGCAAUAUUAUUGAGGAGUAAAUCUGAAGACAUGGUAUCUGUUCUGCACACAAACCUGCUUGGCUCAAUGCUUACUUCUAAAGCUGCUCUAAGAAGCAUGCUCAGCCACGGAGGAGCGAUCGUCAACAUAGGCUCUGUGGUGGGUGUGAAGGGUAAUGCUGGUCAGUGUGUGUACAGUGCUAGUAAAGCAGGACUGGAAGGAUUCACCCACUCUCUGGCGAAGGAAGUUGCUACCCGAAAUAUUCGAGUCAACUUAGUGGCUCCAGGAUUCAUUCGGACAAAUAUGACAGCUGGGCUGGAGAAUAAUGAAGCUGUGAGGAGAAUUCCACUGGGUCGUUUUGGGGAACCUGCAGAGGUGGCCCAGGCUGUUGUUUUCCUCCUGGAGUCGCCUUAUAUCACAGGGCAGAUUCUACUAGUGGACGGAGGACUGCAGCUGGCCUUGUAAUGACUCUUAGGCCACAUCCACACAUGAAUCCAAUUGAAUGAGAACUUACUGAGAUUUAAAGCAUUUAUGCCUCUCUUCCAUACUGGAAUAGAGUUUUUCUCAACUGAAAACUAUGACUCAAAGUUCUCUUUCUCUCACACACACCCACAGCAUUGUGUAAGAGUAGUGAGGGCCCAGCUGGAUUAGAUUAAGGGAGGUGGAGGUUAUAUUUAGCUCACUGGAGUGUGGUUACGGCUUCAUGUUCCAUACUUAGGAUGACAGAGGUCACAGGUCAAUGUGUGGAGAAUAUGAUUCACUUUCUGAUAUCAUAGUUCUGUUCUGUAUUUACAUCAGCAAUGCGUUGGUGCCAUUACAGAUGAGCUAAACCCCAAAGGGCAAGCC